GGUUCUGAAAACGUUGAUUUCGUGCUCUCGGCAAAAUUACUUUUGGCCACAAUAUUUAACAUUAAACGUAAGCAUUUGCGUUUAAAAUGCAAAAAGGCCAAAUGGACAAAACAGAGAAAGUUCACGAGUUGUCUGAUCUGGAUUUAACCGCAGCAAGCAGAGGAGUUUGGUUGGUGAAGGUUCCCAAAUAUUUAGCAGAAAGGUGGAAGAAAGCUGGAAGCUCUAAUGAAGUGGGAAAGCUCAGAAUUACACAGCCAAGAUUCCAGGGUGGGAAACCUGAAGUUUUAUUCUCUCUCCAAGAAUCGCUUGCGAAAAAAGACGAAACAGGAGAGGAGGUUCCAAGAGAUCACAAGUUUGUUGUCACGGGAACAGCGAAUCAGAAAUUGUUCGUGCUCACACAGGAUGGUGCAGGUGUAUCCGGGGACACUAAUGAGCAACGAGUAGCAGUGGAAGGCAAAGUCAUGCACAGAGCAGAGUGCAGACCACUUGGUGACGAUAACUAUAUGAAGCUUAAACGAAUACAUGUAGAACAACAGAAUAAGCCACAGAGACAAGUGCAACAGUUGGACAAGAUAGUAUUGAACUACAAACCCAAGUCUGAUCACCAGUUUAAUAAAGACUACCUAGCCAAGAAGAAAGAUGAAGGGAAAAAAUCACGGAAGGACAAAGAACAAGUCAUGGAUAUGUUAUUCUCAGCAUUUGAAAAACAUCAGUAUUACAAUGUGAGAGAUCUGGUCAACCUGACUAGGCAGCCCGCGCCAUAUCUGAAGGAAAUCCUGAAAGAGAUCUGCGUUUACAACAUGAAGGCCCCACACAAAAACAUGUGGGAACUGAAACCAGAGUACAGACAUUAUAAAGAAAGUUCAGGAAGUGGUACAAAUACAUAGGGGGCAGCAGUGGUGUGCCAACAAAAGAGGUGAUGAACACCCAGAAGAGCACUAGCUCGUGGAGUUGUUCAGUGUCAAAAAGUUGAGAAAUGUGGGCAUUGUACAAAAAUUGUGACAGAAGUGUCAAAGAAAGACAUUGAAAAAAAUAAUUAAUACAAACUUAUGGAGACCUGUGACAAGGAAAGACAGUGAGUAAGAAAGUAGUACAGGUCUGGGGAGUCAUUAUAUGACAAAGAACUGAAAACUGAAAAAAAAAUUAAUGAAUUCGAAGUAUGGACUCAGAGCCACUCUUUGACAAGGAAAGACAAGAAAGGAGCACUCCAAGCUUAUAGUCGUUCUGUCACUUGUUGCCAGAGGGCAGCAUUGGUAUCGUACAACAAGAAGAGUACCUUUGUCAGACCAAGGAGUGGAGAAGGGAGAGCGUGGGGCUCAUUUUUAAUGAAAACAUAUU